AAAAUAUUUAUAAUCUUAUUUUUAUUUAUUUUUUUUUUUUUUUUAUUUAUAAUUUGUACAAAUUAUGUUACAUUAAUAAUUUGAGUCUUUCUUAAAUUACUUCAUAGUUGUAUAUAUAUUACAAUAUUGUAAGUUGAAUCUAACAUUAUUUUGAAGAAAUUCAUUUUAUAUUGACAUCAUGUUUGAAACAUAUGAUGAAGGACAAUUUAGCGAUGCCGAUGAAACUGAAAUACCAGUGGUUAAUUCAAAGGGAGCACCAUUAUUUCAAUGCACACUUGAUGAAGAUAUUAAAGAAUUAGCAAUAACUGACGAUAGAGAUGAAGAAGAUUAUUUCGAAGACGAUAGUUAUGAUUGGGAUGUAAAUGAAGCCAGUAGUAGUCAGAAGGAUAUAAAAAGUCCAAAUACUCGACAUACUAAUGCACAAGCUGCUUCUAGUAAGAUUUCUAAUUUUCAACCAAACGAUAAAUUAUUUCGUCGUUAUGCAAAUAAGAUCAAUAUUGAAAAAUAUGAAGGACCAUCUCUACCAGAUCAUGCUGCUAAUUUUCUUAUUAAAACUGAUAAACGUAUGGAAAAAGAUCGCAUUAGAACAAAAGAUAAACAUGAUCGUGCAACGGUUGAGCAAGUUAUGGAUCCUCGGACCAAAAUGAUAUUGUUUAAGCUUUUAAAUCAAGGAAUAAUUUCUGAGAUUAAUGGUUGUAUUUCUACUGGAAAAGAAGCUAAUGUUUAUCAUGCAAUUUCUAAAACUGGUGUUGAAUUUGCGAUAAAAAUCUAUAAAACUUCGAUUUUACAAUUUAAAGAUCGUGAUAAAUAUGUAACCGGAGAAUUUCGUUUUCGGCAUGGAUAUUGUCGCCACAAUCCACGCAAAAUGGUAAGGAUAUGGGCUGAAAAAGAAUUACGAAAUUUAGCACGCUUAGAUCAAGCAGGUGUAAAUGCUCCUAAACCUAUUCUAUUACGUAGUCAUGUAUUAUUAAUGGACUUUAUUGGUACCAAUGGUUGGCCUUCACCUAAAUUGAAAGAUGUUGCUCUUACUGAUUCAAAAUUUAGAAAACUUUAUAGAAAGUGUAUAAAAAUCAUGUGGGAAUUGUACAAUAAAUGUAAAUUAGUUCAUGCUGAUUUAAGUGAAUACAAUAUGCUCUAUCAUGAUGGAUCUAUUGUAAUAAUAGAUGUAUCUCAAUCAGUUGAACAUGAUCAUCCUAUGGCUCUUGAAUUUCUUAGGAAAGAUUGUACAAAUAUUACUGAAUAUUUUAAGAAAAAUGACGUAUGUGUAAUGUCAGUAAAAGCACUGUUUGACUUUAUAACGGAUCCAACCGUGAAUGAAAAUAACAUGGAUGAAUAUUUAGAUACCGUGUCAAAUCAAAUACAACAAAAAAUAAAUCAUGAAAGUUGUCCUGAUCAGGAAAUAAAUGAACAGGUUUUUAAGCAAGCUUAUAUACCGCAAAGAUUAAGUCAAGUGAUUGAUAUAGAACGGGAUAUAAAACUUGCUAAAUCAGGAAAAGAAGAUUUGAUCUAUAAAACGUUAAUUGGAUUAAAAGCAGAUUUGUCAAAACCUAAUGAAACACCUGAUAUUAUUACCGAUAAGACUAAAAAAAAUAUUUUAGAUAAUGAUGCAAAAGAAGAAGAAGAAAGUACAUGUUCAGAUACUGAAGAUACAGACGAUGAAAGUAGUAAAGAAAAUGAAUCUAAAUUUGUUAGUUCUGCACGUCCUCGAAAUGAGAGUCCCGAAAGCAAAAAGGCCCGCAAAAAAGCUGUUAAAGAACAACAAGCUGAGAAGAGAAAAAGUAAAGUUAAAAAGCAUAUAAAGAAAAGGAAAGAGAGAUUACUUAAAAAGAAAUAGAAAUGUUUUACAUUAUAUAAAUAUAUCAAAUUUUAAACAAUAUUGUAUCUGAAAUACAUUACAUUUAUAUUUUAAAUAUUGUAAAUUUAACAUAUUUGUCACAGUUCAUCUUAAAAAAAUUGAAAUUUAUUUUACUAAUGAGAUUAAUAACAAAAAAUUUAUCGAUAUAGUAGUAUGCAUUAAAAAGUUUUAAUUAACCUAAAAUUUCUUCUAAGUUUUAUUUCAGAAAAAAAAAAUUUUUCCAUUUAAAAAUUAUAAUUAUAGUACAUGUUUU